CCUUCGCUGGUCGCUGGGUCUUGUCUACAGCAAUUUCCACCCACCCGGAGGACCUGCUCCUGUCUGCAGGGGCCACACCCCUUUCUUCAUUCGUAACAGCUGUGUCCUGGGACAGUCGGCCUCCAGACCACUCUAGUUUAACUGCAUCUGCCUGCUUCCUCUGAGUCCACUGCCUACAAGAGCUCAUACUUCCCCAGGCCGCCCAGCACUGGCCUGCUGUGCCCCACCAGAAGAGAAUGGAAGGACUUCCAAAGAACGGAUAUGGAACUAUGGCUGAAGGCAGUGUAGAAAAUAACCAGUUUGCAUCAUCAUCCUCGCUGAGGCUUAUCCUGGUGGGCAAAUCCGGCUGCGGGAAAAGUGCCACUGGAAACAGCAUCCUCUGCAAACCUGAGUUUGAGACCAAGCUAGGGGCCCAGACCGUGACCAGGACAUGCCAGGUGGCCACAGGCACGUGGAAUGGCAGAGACAUCCUGGUGGUUGACACACCCUCCAUCUUUGAGGAAAAGUCCCAGGACCAAGAGAUGUACAAGGACAUUGGGGACUGCUACCUGCUCUCAGCCCCAGGGCCCCACGUGCUGCUGCUGGUGACACAGCUGGGGCGCUUCACUGCCCAGGACACGGUGGCAGUGAGGAGGGUGAAGGAGGUCUUUGGGGAAGGAGCCAUGAGAUAUAUGGUGGUCGUCUUCACCCGCAAGGAGGACUUAGGGGAUGGGUCCUUGGAUGAGUACAUAGUCAACACAGACAACCACAGCCUGAAGAGCCUGAUCAAGGAGUGUGGGAAGAGGUACUGUGGCUUCAACAACCGGGCCACCGGGGAGGAGCAGAGGGAGCAGCUGGAGGAUCUGAUGGCUGUGGUCGAGAGCCUGGAGAGGGAGCACCAGGGCACCUUCUACACAAACGACCUCUACUUUGAUGCACAGAGGCUCCAGGGGUGCAGGGGUGGUGCCCUUGGAGAAGAGCGCAGGAUCUACCUGGCCAAGGUGCAAGCACAUGUUAAAAAGCAAAAGCAAGACCUGAAGGAGGCCCGGAGUCACUGUGUGUCCAAGGCGCUCCUCAGAGUCGGAGAGUGGAUGCUUUCUGACCCUGGGUUAUCUUUUUUCCUUGUGAUAUGCACUCUGAUUUUUUUUGCCCUUUUAAUUAACUUGUGUAUUUCUUAAGGACGCUGAGCACUUCAGCUGACUUCUACAAUUGGCUUCUUUUUUUUUCAAACUCACCAUCUCUGUCUAUGCUUGUAAGAAACUUAUUUGCUUUUUGCUUAAGUUCAGUUUUAAUUUUUCUUCCUUGCAUUAGACAUGUCAUUCAUG